UAUUUUGCCCCCUUUCUCUCUGUUUUUUCCUUUUCAUUUGAAUUAAUAUAAAUUAUUAAAACUGUUUUUUUUUUCUUCUCUCUUCGUUACUGCUACGUUCGUUUGAAAGGCGGGAGAGAACCGAAAAGAAAAAGAAAUCCAUUGCUUUAUUUUGCCUUAAUUGAUCAGAAGCCACAAUCCUUUAAGAUUUAAUUUUCUCGUUUGAUCUCUGUUUCAAAUAGGUCUUGGAAAUUUUGUCAAAAAGGAAGAAUGGGGUAUAUAGGGGCACAUGGUAUAGCGGCUUUGCAUAGAUACAAAUACAGUGGUGUGGAUCACUCUUACCUUGCUAAAUAUGUAUUACAACCCUUUUGGAACCGCUUUGUUAACUUCUUCCCUCUUUGGAUGCCACCAAACAUGAUAACACUUACAGGGUUUAUGUUCUUGGUUUUGUCUGCACUGCUCGGUUAUGUUUAUUCCCCUCGCUUGGAUUCACCUCCACCAAGAUGGGUUCAUCUUGCACACGGGUUGCUUCUAUUUUUGUAUCAGACUUUUGAUGCUGUUGAUGGGAAACAAGCUAGACGAACAAACUCCUCGAGUCCACUUGGAGAACUUUUUGACCAUGGGUGUGAUGCACUUGCAUGUGCGUUCGAAACCAUGGCUUUUGGGAGCACUGCCAUGUGCGGAGGGGACAGUUUCUGGUUCUGGGUAAUUUCAUCUAUACCAUUUUAUGGAGCUACAUGGGAACACUAUUUCACCAAUGCACUUAUCCUUCCUGUUGUCAAUGGGCCGACUGAGGGUCUUGCGUUGAUUUAUGGAUUGCACUUUAUGACAGCAAUUGUUGGUGCCCAGUGGUGGGCUCAGUCAUUUCAGCAAUCGAUACCCUUCUUGAGUUGGAUACCUUAUGUUAAUGAACUUCCAACAUAUAAAGCUGCUGUGUAUUUGUUGACACCAAUUGCUAUUUUACCUACAGUGGCUUGCAAUAUAAGCAAUGUCCAUAAGAUCGUUAAGGCAAGAAAAGGAAGCAUGUUACUGGCAUUAGCAAUGCUUUAUCCUUUUGUUGUACUCAUGGGAGGAGUGCUCAUUUGGGAUUAUCUGUCGCCCUCUGAUGUUAUGGGAAAUUAUCCUCAUUUAGUUAUACUGGGAACAGGACUUGCAUUUGGGUUCCUUGUGGGACGGAUGAUUUUGGCUCACCUGUGUGAUGAACCCAAGGGACUGAAAACUAACAUGUGCAUGUCACUCUUGUAUCUUCCAUUGGCAAUAGCAAAUGCUCUUACAGCAAGAUUAAAUGAUGGUGUUCCUUUAGUUGAUGAGUUUUUGGUUCUUCUUGGUUACUGUGUAUUCACAGGAUCACUCUACUGUCACUUUUCCACAUCAGUUAUCCAUGAAAUCACGACAGCUUUGGGAAUUUAUUGCUUUAGGAUAACUCGGAAAGAAGCUUAAACAUCGGUGAUGCUUAUCUGGGGUGCGGAAUCGGAGCACUGGCAUAGUGAUUCAAUAUGUUAGCAAAUUCAUUGUGAUGUAUACAUUGAUGAUUGAACUUUAUAUAAAUCUAGUUCCAGUUCCAAACCAUUGAUAAAUGAUUUAUUGAAAGAUUAGGGAAAUUUUGUUAUGUAAAACUCUUUUCAUCUAUGACUUGAAUGUAUGAAUAAUGGUAGACAUCUGGACUAGAA